ACCGCACCACCACCACCACCUUCGCCGCCUCCGACCCCACGCCCUUGCCGCCGCCCCGGCCUUACUUCAUCUCUCCGGCCCUCUACGCCACCCCCGACCCGGCGGCCCUCCCGGACUCCACGCCCACCUCCAUCUCCCCCUCGCCCUACGUCGUCAACCGCAAGGGCCGCCGCGGCCCCCGCCCCCUCGCCACCGCCGCGCCGACCAACCGCCUCGAUGGCUUCGAGAUCCCUGAUGUUCCUCUGGCUGGAAUGACGACGGAAGUUGGAGGACUAGCGGACGAGGAAGCUGGUUUGACCGCCAACUGUUCGGUGGAGAAACAACAGGAAAACGGAGAUAAGAAUCAACAACACGAAGAAGAAGAAGCGGAAGAAGAAGAAGACGAUGAUGGUAAAGAUAACUUCCUUGAUCCUCAGGAUUCAAGGAGCGUCGCGAGCAGCUGUAGCGCCAGAUUCGGCAAUCAGUCACGCCUAUGGAACCAGUCCGAGUUCUAUGAUGCUGCUGAAGAGUUUUUCUCUGAUGGUUCUGCGUCAUACUCAUCUCCAUCCCUUGGCACAAAUCCUGAAAUUGAACUACCUGCCUUAAGACUUAAUCUUCUCGAGGAGAUUCAUAGACGAAAAAUAGCAGAGGAGGCUCUUCUCCACAUGCAGAAUGAGUGGAACAGGACUGCGAAAUAUCUAUCUCAGGUGGGAGUAUCAUUUCCAGUAAUCCAGCAUGCUGAAGAUGUUCAAGUUGAGAUAAAUUCUGCAGCAAUUUGCCAAGAGAUCACAGUUUCAAGGUUUGUUUCUGAAGCUAUAGAAAGAGGUUUGGUACGGGCUGAAGCAGAAGCUGCUGCUGAGGAAGUCAUUCAUUCAAAAAACCAUGAAAUUUCUCGUCUGAGAGAUCGACUGCAGUACUAUGAAGCUGUGAACCGCGAAAUGUCCCAGAGGAAUCAGGAAAUUGUAGAAUUAGCUCGCCAACAACGCCUGAGAAGGAAAAGAUGGAGAUGGCUAUGGAGCUGCAUUGGUUUGUCUAUCACCAUUGGGGCUUCCCUGCUUGCAUAUUCAUAUGUUCCUCACUCUGGUAAAGACUCGUUAACAACCUCCUGCCCAGAUGCUCCGCCAGGCACAGGGGGUUCCAUGGAAAAUGAGUCUUAGUCCUGAUCGAAUGACCAUGCACUUUUUGGUUACCUUUGCGCAGAUGUCAUAAAAUCAAAGGUACAAUUGAAUCUGCUUCUCGUGUGAAGCUAUACCUCUUUUUCUCAAAAUGAAAUUUUGUUUUCUCAUCAUGGCUUCAGUUUCUUGGUUAGCCAAGUACUCUCUUUACAUCUUGGUGAACAGAAAAACUGCAGAUAGCAAUGUAAAAGAAUGCCAGUGUUGAUCUGUUUUCUACUACAUAUCAUAGUUGGCUCCCAUUGUCUUG